GAGACCGGCGCGGCGCGGCGCACUGCGGCGCCGGGGAAAGUUGCAGCGGGGACAAGCGCGCGGAGCCGUCGCGCGGGGGAAGCGCGGCCGGAGCCCCCUGCCCGUCCCGACCCGACGUGCCCCCGCAGCGACUCCGCCCUGCAAAGGGAGCGGGCGAGCAGGAGGGAAACCCCUCCCCGGGCCGGGCCGGGCCGGGCCGGGCCGCCCCGCCGCGAGGUGCCGGGUUGCGCGGGGCCGAGCCCCUGGCCGCGGCCUGCAGCGCGGGGCGGGCUCGGGCUCCCGCUCCCUCCGCCGCCCGCCCCCGCCCCGCGCCGCGAGCCGGCCUCUUGUCUCCAGGCUACAGAUCACAGCGUUAAAAGGCAGGCGCCGCGCUCCAGUCGCCGCGAGGGUCCGGGUUGGACGGCACCUGCCGGGCGCUCCUGAGCCCGAGCCGAGCCGAGCCGAGCCGAGCCGAGCCGAGCAUCCUCCGCCGCCGCCGCCGCCAUGGGCCCGCGCCGCCGCUAGCGCCGCCCGGGGCACGACCCGCGCGCAUGGAGGUGCAGGUCGGCGUGGGCAGGGUGUACCCCCGCGCGCCCGCCCGGGCCUUCCGCGGCGCCUUCCAGAGCCUCUUCCAGAGCGUGCGCGAGGCGCUGCACAGCCCGGUGCCGCGCGACGAGCCCGGCCCCAGCCGCCCCUCGCGGGGCCCGCACAGCCCCGGCUCGCCGCCCUUCCCGCCGCCGGCCAAGCCGCCCAAGCCCGAGGGCGCGGCCGCCGCCUCCUCGCCCGGGCCGGCGCCGGUGCUCAUGGGCUCCGCGUUCCAGGGCGAGCUGAAGGAGCUGCUGUGCGAGGCGGGCGUGCUGCAGGCCGAGGCGGCCAAGGCGGACUUCCUCGGGGACAGCGCCAAGGAGCUGUGCAAAGCCGUGUCGGCCUCCAUGGGGCUGGCCGUGGACGGGCUGGAGGCGCCGCGGGAGGACUGCAUGUUCGCGCUGCCCGGCGCCUCGCAGCGCCCCGACGGCGCCAAGCCUCCCCCCGCGCCCGCGCCCCCCGCGCUGCUGGAGGCCGAGGCGGGCGCCAGCCCCCCCGGCGGCUACAAGGCGGGCGGCGAGGGCGCGCUGGCCCUCGACGUGCCGCUCUACAAGGGCCCGGACGAGGCGCAGGGCCGCGACUACUACAACUUCCAGCUGGCGCUGGCGCCGCACGCGCGCAUCAAGCUGGAGAGCCCGCUGGACUACGGCGCGGGCAGCGCUUGGGGCGCGCCGUGCCGCUACAGCGGGGACGUGGCCGGGCUGGCGCCGCACUGCCCCGGCGCGGCCCCCGCCUGGACGUCCUUCUUCGCCGACGACGGGCAGCACUACGCGCCCGUGGCCGAGGCGCCCCCCGGCCCCUUCGGCUACGCGCGGGGCCAGGCGCCGGCGGGCCAGGACGGAGCCGACUUCCCCCCCGACGUGUGGUACCCGGGCGGGAUGGUGGGCCGGGUGCCCUACGCCGCGCCGCCCGCCUGCAUCAAGACCGAGCUGACGCCGUGGAUGGAGGGCUACGCGGGCGCCUACGGGGACGUGAGGUUGGAGGCUGGAAGGGACCACGUUUUGCCCAUUGACUAUUACUUUCCACCACAGAAGACUUGCCUGAUUUGCGGAGAUGAAGCUUCUGGGUGCCACUACGGAGCUCUCACCUGUGGUAGCUGCAAAGUCUUCUUCAAAAGAGCAGCUGAAGGUAAACAGAAAUACCUUUGUGCCAGCCGGAAUGACUGCACCAUUGAUAAAUUCCGAAGGAAAAACUGCCCUUCCUGCCGCCUCCGAAAAUGCUAUGAAGCAGGGAUGACUUUGGGAGCACGCAAGCUGAAAAAGCUGGGCAACCUGAAAGUACAAGAGGAUGGGGAGGCAGCCAGCUCAUCGAGCCCUAUGGAGGAGCAAGCUCCCAAGAUGAUGGUGACAUGCAUGGAUGGGUACGAUUGCCAGCCCAUCUUCCUCAAUGUUCUGGAAGCCAUUGAGCCUGGUGUGGUGUGUUCAGGCCAUGACAACACCCAGCCAGACUCCUUCUCCAACCUCCUGACCAGCCUGAAUGAGCUUGGGGAGAGGCAGCUUGUGCAUGUGGUGAAAUGGGCAAAGGCCUUGCCAGGGUUCUGUAACCUGCACAUGGAUGACCAAAUGUCAGUAAUCCAGUAUUCCUGGAUGGGUCUAAUGGUUUUCGCCAUGGGAUGGAGAUCUUUCACCAAUGUGAACUCCAGAAUGCUUUACUUCGCUCCAGAUUUGGUCUUCAAUGAGUACCGAAUGCACAAAUCCAGAAUGUACAGCCAGUGUGUCAGGAUGCGGCAUCUCUCUCAGGAGUUUGGGUGGCUUCAGAUCACACCCCAGGAGUUUCUCUGUAUGAAAGCCCUACUUCUCUUCAGUAUUAUUCCAGUGGAUGGACUGAAGAAUCAGAAGCUCUUUGAUGAACUUCGAAUGAACUACAUAAAGGAACUAGAUCGUAUCAUUGCUUACAAGAGAAAAAAUCCCAUGUCCUGCUCUCGGCGCUUCUACCAGCUCACCAAGAUUUCCAAGGAGCUGCAUCAGUUUACAUUUGACCUCUUAAUUAAAGCGCACAUGGUCAGCGUGGACUACCCUGAAAUGAUGGCUGAAAUCAUCUCUGUCCAGGUUCCCAAGAUCCUGUCUGGAAAAGUCAAACCCAUCUACUUCCAUGCACAGUGAUAUUCUGGAGAGAGUCGCAUUGCGCUGCCAUCCCCCUUAUCAGCCAUUUCCUGCCUGUUAUCUCUGCACUACUGUACUGCAGUGCCUUGGGGAAUCCCCUCUAAAGAUACUCUUGGUGAGAAGAUGUACAGUAUCAAACUACUACCUGCUGGGAUUCCUUUCAUUUCUAUUUUUUCCUGUGGUACCUCUGAACUGAACUACCUGCCAUGGCUUCCGCCUGUGUUUGGAUGGCUCUGUGUCUCUUUAAAUGUUGUGACAUAUCAUGACUAUGUGACAGUGUCCAGUGGCACUUGUUUACAGUCUUUUGCUUGUGUAUUUUCCGUGGUGACGUACCUGUGACCCAGUGGCAUGUCAGUUUGGGAGAAAUGCCACCCUUCAUUCUCACUUUAAAACAAAACAAAGCAAGAAGCAAAUGAAGCCUGUGCAUUUAUGGGAGAGGGUUAUUUUCCUUAUUCCCCGGGGUGUUUUCCUGUUUUUUAUUUGCAUUGUCUCUAAGAGGCAGGUGAAUUCAAAUACAGUAGUAGUGAAGCAGAAAGGUGUCAGGGGGGAAAGAGCACAACUUGCUGAGGUUAUCAAAUCUUUCUAAAUCAGACAGCUGCUAGCUUGGGAAUAUUCAGUCCUGGUGCUGAAAAUAUGUAUCUUGUCCUCUGCUCUGGCCAUGUGUUCAGGCCCCAAACCCAUGGUCUUUUCACAGCUGAGAGAAGCAUUAAGUACUCACUUCUGUAAGGAAUGCCCGAUCUGGAGUGGAGGGCUGGAAAGGAUUGUGAUCUUUGGAAACCUUCAAAGAUUGCAAAGGGCUGUUUUCAUCCAGGACAUUUUUUUCUGAGGACUGGAUUGAAGCCUGUCCAGUGAAUGUCCAGAUGUCUACCAAUGUCACAUUCCAGUUUUGAAUUUUUUUUUUCCCUUUCCUCAGCUGUAUCCAACUUUCAUGAGUGCCUGAAGUCUCUUCACACCCCUGCCUCUGGCGUGCUCUCCUUGAAUGUCUGGUGUCUCUCCUUGUCUCUGGUUUCUCACUAGGGUUAUCUGAAAGUCUAGAUUUUUCUGGUUAUGCUUUGCAUUUGCCUUUUUUCUGAACUCUAUCGCAGAUUGUUUCGGACACCUACAGGCCAACAUCACAGAAGCACAGAGCUCUGGUGCUUUGGACUGUGUGAGGACGAGUGAUCCUCUGUUGUCAAUCCUGCUCCUUUUGGAAACAAUUGUAACUGGCAUGAAAUUGCCGUGAGAUUUCCAUAGUGUUUCAGGGAAAUUGUAAACAAAUCACUUAAGAAACUCCUACUCCUCUUUUGAGGUGCACACAACUCCCCUGAUGAGGAUAGAUCUUCACAUAAGGAAGAUCAAGGGAGUACACCCUGACCAAUGACACAGUAAAGACAGCACUAUCAAAACAAAACCCACAGACCAUGUCUGAAUUGAUGACAGUGUUUCGUCCUGCAGCAGAACCAGUGGAGGCAGAGAAACCUGCCUGGUGGACAUGAAUAAUUAUUCAAAACAAAACAAAUCAGACACUCAGUUUCUUCAAUAUUGGCAACUUUCUGCAGUCGGGACUGUUUCAGAAAGGGACAUCUGUUUUUUUCAAAGCAGGGUAACACUGACUUGAAUCCUCCUGCUGGAAAGCUCUACUUGGUAUUCCUGAGAAAUUAUUAUUCUGCCCAUGAAUGUUAUUCAGAUUUAUUGUUUAAGGCUGUACUGAACAUGUAGGAAUAUAAUUCUUCACCUUGAUGUCUCACAGUUCCCUUCAGAGUCCUACUUCCCCUUGUCUCAUGAGUCAAACAGAACGGCAAAAGUCCUGCUGUCAGGCCUGGUUAGUGAUUUAAGCCUGUCCUAUGGACUUCUGCUGGCAUAACUAUGUGGGUGAUUGGUGUGAAGAGAUGCUACCCUGAUUGACAUGGCGGUGCCUGAAAAAAUUCCCAGUGUAGAUGCACUUAUACUUGCAAACCUGCACCUUUAUUCAUUGUGUUUUGCUCAGGGAGGUUAUUUUACUACAACUGUUCAAAGCACAGGUUUGUUUGUAUGGUCCUGUCCACAUUAGAAGCGCUUCGCCAGUCUGGUAUACGGGUAUUCCUGUACCAAAAAAGUAAACCAAACAAAGACAGAGUCUUGGCUUUUGGAGGAGAUGGAUUUCCUGUGUGAUAACAGCUGCUAACAUUUGCCAAGUAACCAUUUAAACAUGAGGAGAAGAAGGAGGUUUAGGCUUGUGGAACCCCAUCAGCUCAACUCUCCCCCAGAUCCAUGGGUCUAUUCCAACUGAAUCCUGCCAUGCAAAAGAAAUCAACGCUAUUCUUCUGCUCUUUGGGCCUUUCAUGGAUUGUGGCCAAUGACUGUUCUUCUAGUCAGGCAGCCUCACGUGCUUCCUUGUGAUGUGUUUUGGAUCUGAACAGAGUAAAUGUCAGCACAGCAGGUGGCCGCAGAGUUUCCCUGAUUCUCUCCAGUUGUCCCAUGCAGAGUUCUCUGAACAAAAAGUAUGUUUACAGUGUUUUUGGAUGAGUUUAACUCUCUUGUGACAGAUUAAUUUGAUUGCAUCCUCCCCCCUUUGCCCCUUCCAGAGAGUAAUGAAACAGCAAUGAGUUCUUUUUUAAUGCUAUUGAAUAUACUCUGCUAUCGCGAAUAUUUGUUUUCAUUGUUUUGGAGGGUUACAAAAAACUGAAAUUUCAUUGGAAUCUACUGAUUUUGAGAAUGCACCAGUAAAAAAGCUCCGUGUGUACUAGCUCCUGCCUUUCAGCACUGUGGAUUUUCUGUUGAGUAACAAAAAAAAAUACAUUGAAGGUCUGAGUUGGCACAGCAUUCUCAUUCUGCUGUAAAACAGAAGGAUGUUGAGAGUGGUGAUAAACUCUUCCUUUAAAGAAAGCUUCUAUUUUGCACUGCUCAAGUCAGUCCGAAGGUUUCACUUUUGUGUGCCACUCUGGAGUGUCAGUGGAGUGCUGGCAAGAGAUCUAAAGUCGAACUGAACAUUUACAGACAAACAGCCUUGUUUGGUGUUGGAACCACAUAGAUAACGGGGGAGGGAUGGAGGAGGAUACUGUCCAUGUGUCAUCUGCAAAAUGUUUGCAAUGUGUGGGUAUAGUGCUUGUCAAACUAUGUAUCCUUUAGGAAAGAAAUGUGCUCAUUUGAAUACCGCCUGUCCAAUAUUGUACAUACAUAGCUAGAUUGCCUUUACUGAGGUGUACUAGUAGCUCCUGUGCCAUUCAAGCUGUAUUAGGGAAGAGUGGGGGGUGUUAAGUUUUAUUCUGUAGCUCUUAAGUGUUCGGUAGGUUUCUGCCAUUUUUUCCCCUAAAUUGGAAAGUUGGAUUUGUUAUGACAUUACUGAAAGCAUGACUGAGGGAUCCAGUCAAAGAACAGGGAUUGGCAACAUGCUGAUUUGGUUACCUCCAGGGUACACAUCCAAUACUGUCUUCAGCCACUGAUACUAUUUCCCUUUCUGUAUCAUCUCUGCGAGGGAUCUGUCCAAACACUAUCUAAGACUGUCUCCUUCAGUUUUCUUCAGGAACUGAAAAGGGCCUGAGAAGUGCAAAAGUGCUUCUGUUGCUAUGUCCCUUUGUAGUUCAGUUCUUAUUUUGUAUGCAAAGUAAGUUUGCAUUCUUAUUUCUAUGUUUGCUUAAAUAAAGCAAAUGGAAUCUCAUAAUCCAUAUGCUAAUGUGGAAGUUUUCCUUAAGCAUACUAAGCAGGUCAUUUAGCUUUUUGCUUUAUCUCACUCCAGAAGUAGAGGAAGCCAUUUGCUUACUUGGCAUUGUUUUCCAUAACAUGGAAGCAAACAUCUUGCAAGCCCCUCUCUAGUUACACUGACCUGAAUUCUCCUUUCAGAUACAAUGACGCAGUUUCUUUUGGAGUUACAUGCAUGACCAGGCUGCACUAACUGCAGAUGGUCUUAACUUGGCAAGUACCCCAAAACUAUACCACACUGCCAAAGACCAGGGGAAUGUCAUUUAGGAUAACUGCUACAGAAUCUCCAGUGUGUAUUUUGAGCCAAACCCUGAGGAUCUAACUCCCUUUUUGCUGAGUCCUUACACAUAAAGCUCCCAUUAACUACCUCUGAGUUUGCCUCAGUAGGGACUCACCAAAAACCCAAGAAGCUGAUUCACUUCUUAUUUACACAAUUGUAAAUCAAGAAUGUCAAGAACCCAAGAAAUGUUGAAAGCCAAUAGGAUUAUGAUGGUGUAAGUAAGUAGUAAAUCAGGCUCCACAGAAGUGCCUUGGAAUUUGGUUCCUCAAGUACAUGCUGAGUAAUUAUCACAUACUGGUAAAUUCCCCAUUACAUACGUGUAUAAGUGCAUGCCCAGGGACUGUCCUGUUGCUCUGGCAGUAGGUUGUAAGGAGGUUGCCAUGUUCUGUAUGUGAAUGAAUAUGGCUUAUCUGGUAUUUAAACCUUGUGAGGUAAUGUGCUACUUGCCUCCUGGCUCUACAGGCGUGAGCCUGAACCACAGCAAGAGAUCCCAACAGUGUCAUCUCGAAAGGACUAAAUGUCCAUGCACUGGGCACCUUAUGAUAGUAAGAGGUCUCCCUAUUUUUACAUACAAUACAUCUGUGACUGUCAAUGUUGAUCUCUCCCUUAAAGUGUAAAAGAGGAAAUCAAAGAGAGAAAGAUGUUACCCAACAUUUCUAGUCUGAGUCCUUACUUAAAGGACAUUUUUCACUCUCAGUGAGAGAGAGAAAGAGAGAGAGAGAUUCUUCAGUAGAUGGACCCUUAAGUCUGUGGAUGUGUUAGUAGACACAUUUAUUUAAUCUCUUUUUCUGGUAGUUACUGACCAGGAUUUAAAAGGUCCAUUUUUACAUAGUGUACAUGAGCAGAUGCUGGCAUCCUUUAUUCUGGUGUGACUUUUAGUUUGUCCAGGUCCCUUAAACCCUCCUGCUAGAUGGGGAUAUUUACACUAGAAAAACACUAGAGAAAAACCCCAACUUUCGCACUUUUGAUAGCAUAGAGAUUUAAUUCAACGCAUAGUGUUAAAAUGCAUAGUAAGCUGAUAUUUAUUUUGUAGCCAUGUUUCAAAAUGGAUUUACAGAGUAAGAGAAAUGAUGUUUCCUGUAUUAGCUAUUCCUCUAAACCCUCUCUGCACCUUCAGAUGUGUCCAGUUAGCGACUGGUAUUGUGCCUGGAAAGUACAUUGGCAAUUGCACUCUGAGUACAUGUGAAAACUGGACUGCCUCCACUGGCCAGGUGCCUUCACCCAGGAUGCAGCAACCUCAGCACUCUGCAGCCCUGAGAAGAUUUUGUGGGCACGAUGUAUUCAAACACUCUUAAGUUGAGAGGGCAAAUGAGUAAUUUGGAAAUAACCAAGUAUGGAAAGCGAUAUUCCAUAACUGACUCAUGUGCAGACUAGUGCUAAAAACUCUUUGGACACGAAGAGUCCAAAGGACACUACCUUUCCUCAUUUAGUUGUACUUAUUUUGGAGAGAGGAAUAAUUUUAGGAACACAGAAUCCAACCCCUCCACGUAACACCCAUCCAUUCAGCCCAGUUUGACCUGUGCUCUAAUCACUGCCUUGGAAGUGAGGAUGGGCCUCCUGGGUCCUUCCCCUUUUGAAACGGUAAGGAAGCCUACUCUUAGAUGCCAAAGGUGCAUGCCUGUCCCUCACAUAAAACCACAGCAAAUGUAUACUGAGCUGCUCUCCCUGGUAUUUUGCAUUAUACUGUUGGGUCUUAGAGAUGUUGUAUAAAGACUGUGGCAAAUUGACAGCUGUUUUUAUUUCUUAAUAUUUCUUUAAUUAAAGGUUCUCUAUAUAGAUAUAUUUUUGUUUGUAAUAAUCCUAAACAUUUAUUGCUGGUGCCUCUGUGCCAGUGUGGUCUCCCAAUUCACAGCUCAGUGGAACCAAGAAAGAAUAGUCACUGCAAUCUUUUGUCUCACUGUAUGUGAGUAGGCUUAUGAGGCAAACACAUCUCUCAUUCAGCGGGGCUACCAAAAGGAAGUGAAUGGCAGCCCACAGCUUGGUUGGGCCAACUUUCAAAUACAACAUUGCCAAUUUCUCACUAGAUUUUCACCCAUGUCAUGCAAUUCCAAGGACCUAGCAAGUCCUUGGGCUUCUGAGGCAUGGCAUCAAAGUCCUUUGUUCAGUCUCUGUCUGCCCGUGCUAUUACUUUGCUAAGCUUUUCUCGUUCUCUGCCAGGUUUGCAGUUAAAUGUACUGAUAUUAUUUGCUACACAUACAGAAUUGCAAUUUCUUUCAGACAGGGCGUGCGUACACAAGACACUUCCAGCGCAGUAGCCUAAUUCUACUGUGCAUUAGUGUGGCGGGCAAAACCCGUGGUAAUGCGCUAAUGCUCAGUAGAAUGAUUCUACUGCGCAUUAGCACCACCAAAAAAGUAUGCACCGGCAGUAAUGCACAGUAGUACCAAUUACCAUGCAUUCAGGUAGUACCUGUAACUACAGGUACUAAACUUAAUGCAUUGUAAUUAUGGUGCUUUAAUGAACGUGUAGAUGCACCCACAGUCCUUUUUAAAUAGUGGUAUUCUGGGGCCUUUAUAUUUAUAGGUGUUAAGUGCUAAAUUGCACUCCUUCAGAAGUCAAUGGAUUUUUUUUCCAUUGACUUUACUGGAAUGAGGACCUAGCCCUAAAUACAUUAAGAAAGAAAACAGACACCUAUUAUGUUAAGCAUCGCUGAGAUUUUGCCCGAAGAUGACUUCUUGCAGUUUCAGUCCACAAAGAUGUGGCUGAAUAUGCCUACCCAAAAGAUCAGUGACUGAGAAUUUACCAUGCUAGGUUGAACAUCAUUUAUUUUUGCUUGUAAUUAACUAAAAAAGAAGCAUUUUUUAUACCAAGGAUAAACAACCAACCAAUCAUAAUAUAGUAUAGUUCAUGCUUGAGUUCAGUGUGGGCACUCAGCCAACGCUGUACAGCAGGACAAACUUCACACCGUGGUGUUCAGCUCUCUUUUUGUAAUCUUGAAAUCUGUUGUUGUUCUAAAUACAAUAAAAGGCAGAACCUUGUUUGUUGGAA